UGUGGUGUUGUUUGUUUUGUUUUAGGAAAUAUUAAUAAUUUUGUUGUUGUGGCAAACGUACUAUAAAUUAAUUAAUUUUACUGUUUAUAUAUUGCAAUAAAUAUGCGAAGGACAUACAGAUCAAAAAAAGACGCCAGCGGAGCUCUAGAUCAUAAAGACGUGUUACUCGAUGAGAAGAGUUCGGCAUUUGAUGCAUUUUACAUUCAAAAUAUCAAGCAAACUAAAAGAGAGGUAUCUUCGGUUAACUACCUAGCGGCUCCUCCUAGCAAAGUUCGUAAAAGAAAAUAUGUCAAACGUAUAAUAAAAGAUCCGGAGCCACAGAAAGAAUCCAUUUUAGAUUCGGUAUACCUCACUCCUAACAAAUCCCUCCGUGUAAAUAAACCACUGGAUCCUUUCGACCAGCUGCUAAAUUCUCCCUCGACCCAACGAAAUGAUUCUCUAAGAGUGAACAGAGACAACCUGUUUUGUUAUCAAAAAGUAACAAAAACAUAUCAUAAGAAAAGACUGAAUAAGUUGAAGAAAUAUAAUUAUUCCAGCAGUGAUACUACUGAAUCUGAUAAAGAGAAUUUUGACAGCAGUAGAACACCAGACACAUCAAACAUAAAGAAGCAUGAAUUAUUGAUAGAAAAACCUACAAAAAAAAUUUCUACAAAUUUGGACAAAUCCAUCAAAGACUUAGUUCAAAAUUUUUCUCUUUUGAAAAAGGUUAGUCCUAAAACACCAGGAAAGAGUAACAACCCAAUGAAACUUGUGAAGAACAGAUUGACCUUCAAUAUACAGUCACCAAUACUUCAAAGUUCCCCAUUAUGCAGUACACCUUUCAAAGAAAAAUAUAGAGGAAAAUCAAUAUACAAUUUUUCCCCAAUUCAUGAUAAAAAUUUUAAUGAGACUCUAGAUAUGGAUGCAUCUCAGAAUAAAAGUAGUGAUAGUAUUAUAUUUGUUGAAAAGAAAAGACUUAAUUUAUCUAACAAACAAGAAAUAAGCAUUUGCAAAGAAGUAUGUAAAUCACCAGUUUUUAAAACACCCGAUAACUAUAAGGCCCCUAGCACUUCAAUAGAAACAGGAAAAAAUAAUUUGAUAAAUUCUGUUAAUGAGAAGACAUGUGAAGCUGUACCACUUAUUCUUUUAGAACCAAAAAAUAGUGCAGUAUUAAUUGAAGGGGAAGAAAAUGAUGAAUCUCAGGUUCAAGAAGAAAUAGAAAACCAUAAUUGUAAUAAAUCUUAUAACAAAGUUGUAUCCAGCAUUGAAAUAAGCUCUUUGCAGACCACAGAGAUGGAACCAUUUAUGGGCUUUUCUAAUAAUGAACAUGCUUUUAAUGAAGGUGAUCACAAAAAUGAUUCACACAAUACACAAGGAUUUGGUGAAUCUGUAAUGAAAGAGAGCAACAGGGAUGAGUCUAGAUUAGCAUUAGAUAGUAUAAAUAAUUCUAACUUAUCACAAUACAAUCAUUCAUUGGAGACAAGUAUUAUGCUUUGCUCCAAUGAUGAUCCUGAAAAUGAAAUAAAUGAAGGAAGGUGUUCCGACAAUCCAAAAGACAAUACAGUUUUAGAUAAUAGUGUAAAGCUGUCUGAAUCAUUAGAAGAAGCUGGCAGUGACAUUAGCAGAGAGAACGAAGAUAAUAACCUCAGUGAACAGUCUGCUAAUAAAUCAUCAAAUGAUUUCAGUGAUUUAGACACAAGUCAGUCACAAAAUGUUACUAUAGAUCCUAAAGAUGUGUAUAAAGAAAAUGAUGCUAGUCAAACUUCUGUAGACAAAUCUUUAAGCCAAGAAUCUGAUAACCAAUCACUUUAUGAUACUUGUGACAGUGGUGACACAACACAAGAAGAUUCUUUUGAUCGGAAAUUGCCUAUAGUUGAGUUAAAUAGACUAAAUAAUUCUAUAUUUCAAAAGUAUUAUAAUGAUAUGCCAAAAUACGAUGCAACAGAAAGAAGUGGAAGUUCUCAAGAUAGUAAAGAUUAUGAGAGUGUUGAUAAUAUUUCUGAUCACUCUAACAAAUCCAUUGAAAGUUAUAGCAACUCUGAAAAUGUAAAAUCCAUUGAAUGUUCAAGUAACUCAGACAAUGUACAAGAAUUUUACAAUUUAGAUACAUCUAAUGAUAUUUCAGAUGACAAUGAUUCUGAUUCCAAUAGUAACACUGAUGAAGAUAGAUGCAUAAGUUUUGUCACAACUAGAAGAAGAAAUGAAGUAACAAACGAUUCAAUGAUAUUAGGAUUUAACGAUUCAUAUGAAAGUGUUAGUAAUUCAGAAUGUGAUAAGACUGUGCUUAGCAAUAAUAGAAAUAGUAAUCGCAAGUCUGAUUUAAAUGAAGCUACGUUAGUUGUUAAUGAUAAGGAAAGUAGUAAAAUUUUUGUACCAACAGAAGACAUAGAACCUGUUGCAAAAAGAGCAUCAAAUGUUACUAGUAAAGUUGCAAGUGAAAGGGAGAGUUUCAUAAAAGCUGAGGAGCCUAAAUAUGAAUUUGUAGAACCUAAACCAUCCAUAGUUUUACAACCAGGCAAGAAAUGGGAACGCUCUUUGAGUAUAUAUAGGAGAAUGACUACAAUGAAUGAUCAUUUUGACAAUUCUUUGCUGGAAGAAGAGCCAAUGCAGUCUAAAGGAAGAAAGUACAGGCAGAGUGUUAUUAAUACUAUGGAACUGCAGGACAGAAGUAUACUACACAAUGAAUCAAUUAAUAGUCGAAGGAGUACCUUUGUUUCCAAGCCUUGCAGGUCUACGAUCAAGAUUGUGAAAGAACCCAAUAAUUCCAGAACAAGUUUAUGUGCUACAGCUGUAUUUGAUGACUUGAAAGGAUUUCUGAGCGAGGACUGUGAUGAAACGAUUGUUGAGUUAUCUAAACUUUCAAUCGCCGACUCGAAACACGAGGUCACAGUUUUAGAAAACUUUCAUGACACCGCGGGUCGAAUCGCAACAGCAAGGGACUACGUCUUGCGACGCUGCAAUCAGACAGAGGUCUUACUGUUUGAUGAAUGCUAUCCAGAUACGGUUCUGAAGAACUGCCACAAGAUCGGCGAGGGCGUCUACGGCGAAGUGUUUCUCUGGCGCGCGAGGGAUGGCAGGGCUCGUGUUAUGAAGAUAGUACCCAUAGCUGGCGCAACGAAGGUGAAUGGGGAGUACCAGAAGGACUACCACGAGAUUAUCUCUGAGAUUGUGAUUGCUAUGGAAUUGAGCGCCCUACGCGCUCCCAUAGCAGAUAUAGAACGCCAUUUUGAUGAGGGAAAGGACGUAGAUGCAUUGGAUUUACAUGCUGUGGAGAAUGCAACUGAUGUUUUUAAUGAGGUACUCGCUGUAAGGUGCGUAUACGGCUGUUACCCGUCACGCUUGCUCGACCUGUGGGAGUUAUACGACGAAUGCAAAGGCUCCGAGAACGAUAACCCGGCCAUCUUGCCCGUCGAUCAGCAGUACAUUGUUUUGGAGCUCGCGAACGCCGGCCAAGAUCUUGAGAGUUACCAGUUCAACAGUGCUGAGCAAGCGCAUGCAUUGUUCUUGCAGGUGGCUUUCGCGUUAGCCGUCGGCGAAGAGAGCUUUCAGUUCGAGCAUCGAGAUUUGCACUGGGGCAACGUGUUGAUAUCGCCUACGGAACAAAAGUUCGCAACGUUCGUGUUGCGCGGGCGCGCUCACCGCGUGGCGCGCUGCGGCGUGGCGGCCACCGUCAUCGACUACUCGCUGUCGCGGCUGUCGCUCCCGCUGGCAGGCUCUGACCGCGCCGCCCUCUACAACGACCUGUCCACGGACGACGGACUGUUUGAUGCCCUCGGCGAUUACCAGUUCGAGGUGUAUCGUCGCAUGAGAGAUAAGUUGGGAAAUGAUUGGAAGAAUUUCGAGCCGUACACAAACAUACUUUGGCUGCAUUACACUGUUGAUAAAAUGAUAACGGCCCUCCGUUACAAACGGACCAACACUAAGAUUCACAAGCAUUAUAUAGCGAAGCUGAAGGGAAUCAAGAAUCGAAUCCUGAACUACGGCAGCGCGGCCCAGUUCGUACUCACAGACAACGAAUUCUGAACGAUGAUAAAGAUAUAUAAAAAAUAAUAAUAAUAUAAUAUACAUUACAAUAUUUUUUCACUAGUAAAUAUAUUUCAAAAUGGAUAUUAGCGCUGUUUGCUGUUGUUAUAAAAAUUCUGACAUGGAUUGCAUAAAUUAUUAUGUAAAUAGUGUUCGCUUUGGUAACUUUGUUAAAUUUAUAGACGCUAAAAGGAUUAAUUAUUACAGUGUUGUCGCAUUACAAUCGCUGAAGGGUGCCUUCUUAGCUAAGGUAGUGCCUUUGUUCACAUUACAAAUAAAGUCAUUUAUGAAGUUCA